ACCACGAACUCCAUUAUCAAAUUAUUUUUCACUUCGCUCAGUUCUGGUGCUUGCAGAAUGCAGGCAUUUUUCAUUGAAAAAUAGUGAAGAAAGUUAUCAAACUGUUGUGAAAAAACGUGCAUGCAUUAGAAAAGAUUCGUGGCAGAUUAAAUGCCAUAAGAAAUUGAAGUGUGCUCAUCGAUUGAAGCGUAUAUUCACGAAGCUGCUUUUCUAACAAUGGAUUUCUCACCGGGUCCAGACAGUGACAAUUGUGGCUACUAUAGGAAUCGGAACCGCCGAGAUGACCGGGACCGAGGCAACAACCGUGGACGAUCAAAGGAACGCCAUUACCGGCGCUACAGCCGAAGUCGGUCACGAUCGUACAGCAGGGAGCGAUACAUCAGCGGCAACAAUCGGAGAAGUCCGGAGAGGGAUCUGUACCGGGAUUUGAUCGAUCAGGACUAUGGGGAUAAUUCGUACGAUAACCGGGACCGCGACAGGUAUCGCCACCGGAGUCGGGAUCGCGAGCGCAGGUCCAGAGACAGAGAUCGCAGGGAUCGCGACAAACCGAACAAGCGCGGAUAUUCUCCAGUUCAGAACUCGAAUGAAUUUGAUGACAACUAUGAUAGUGACAACAAUCAAGAGUUCUUCUAUCACCAAAAACCGAACAACAAAAUCAUCGUUCGGGGAUUAGCGGCUCAUAUCACCGAGGCAGACAUCAACAGCGAUCUCAUACAAUGUGGUCUUCAAGCGCUUCACGUUCGGUUGAUCCGGAGGAAGAAAACAGGUGCAUCGAGAGGUUUCGCAUUUGUCGAGUUCCGCACUGAAGAGGAAGCAACUCGCUGGAUUUGCUACAAACAGGGGAUGUUGAUCUUCAACGACCAUCGUGCCAUCAUGCAGUAUACCUACUCACUGCCGGCGGAAAUGCGUGCAAAGGAUAAGCCACAAACGGAUUGGUAUUGCGCUAAGUGUGGAGUAUUCAACUUCAAGCGUCGCGAAAACUGCUUCAAAUGCUUUGCUUCCCGUGAAGAGAGCGAAAAGGGUGGCGAAGGAAGUGACGAAAUUAGUAACAUCCUUACGAAAAAGAUCAUGCUUCGGAAUCUAGACGUGCUGACCAACGAAGAGAGUGUUCUCUGUGCAAUGCAAGAUAAGAUUCCUGAUCUGGUGUCUAAAAUAUCGAAAAUAAUGAUAUGUCGAGACCCUCUGACGCAAACUUCUCGAGGAAUCUGCUAUCUGCAUUUCGACAAUUUGCUCGACUCGAUGAACACUCACAAUGCACUGAAGUCGAUAGAGCCCAUCCUAAAAAUCGAUGGCCGAGAAGUGCUAAUUUCGUACUGCAUGGAUACCGAAAACCGAAACCUUGUGAAAGGUGGACCAAGAAUGUCGUCCAAUAAUGGUAACAACUAUCAAGAUCAAUUAGCAGGCAACAGUGGAGUCCAAGGUCCUUAUCCCAACAACUACCAGUACACUAUGGCCGAUGUUCCUCGGCUUGCUGAGUAUAGUGCCUCGGUCUAUGCGUCAAAUCCGGUGGAACACGAACAUUACUUGCAAUUCUACACCAACUAUUACGUAACACAAAUUAGUCAAGGGCAAAUGAGCAAUUUUCCCACCGAAGCACAAAUGGGGGAAACGGCUAAUUCAGGAGCUGCUGUCGCGCAAUCAGCACUGGCAAGAAAACAAGGCUCCAAAAAUAAGGCCGAAACAUCGACAGCUCCGGCGGCUACUCUGCCAGCUCCUCAACCACUGCAGAUUCCCAACGGUACCGAUGGAAAGACAUACGCCACGCCUGAUGUUUCUCAGUAUCAGUAUGAUGAGACGUCCGGAUUCUAUUACGAUCCUUCGACUGGCUUGUACUACGAUUCUAAUUCCCAGUACUAUUACAACAAUGAAACCUGCUCUUAUCUGUACUGGGACAAUGAAAAGAGUACCUACGUCUUGGCACCGACCGCCUCGACAACUGCGGCGACUACGGCAAGUACAGCUACAGAGACAAGUACCGCAGAAUCUGCUGCUGCCGCUGCAGCUAACGCCAAUGGAGAUAAAGCGGAGAAAACCAAGUCAAAGGACCAGCCCCAGGACAAAGUGAAGGUGGCCAAGAAAAUCGUCAAAGAUAUGGAGAAGUGGGCAAAGCAGCUCAAUCAAAAGAAAGACUACAGUGUGAUACAACCGCCGGCGAGAGUCGAAGAAGCAACACUAUAUUCCUCACUGGGGCAGAUCUCCGCACGCCCCGUAGAAUCUUCCGGUGGUUAUGCGGAUGUAGGAUUUUCACUGCUGGAGAAAAAGCAAAGCACCCAAGCUGUUUCAAAUUUCCUAAUGGGACAGGCGAAAACGGCGGCUACCAAAGGCAGCAAUGCCUUGGUUUCUUCAUACAAUUCCGAUUCGGAUAAUGAAUGCGAUGAUGGCAUUGGAGAACGGGAGUAUGUUGACUUUGAAAAACUCACCUGUUUGCUGUGCAAGCGUGCAUUCCAGUCACAGGAGAUUUUGAACAAGCAUUUAAAGAUGUCUUCGCUCCAUAAGGAAAAUCUCCAAAAGCUUAGGAAAGGAGUAGACACUAGCGGUGGAAUGGUCAAUAAGGGGGGAGCUUACCGUGAUCGAGCUAAAGAACGCCGUUUGAAGUACGGAGAAGUAGAUCCUCCGCCGGUGAACAAGAGCAAGGAACGGUUUCAGCGCGAACUAGAAAAACAAACCCAAGCUUCGUAUAGUGCACCGAACCUUGCGGCGGUUCCGAUUGGUCAAAAUAAUGUGGGCAACAAGCUUCUUCAGAAGAUGGGUUGGUCCGAGGGGCAAGGCUUAGGAAGGAGCAACCAAGGUCGUACUAACAUAAUUGAGACUGAAACUCGGGUGGCAAAUGUUGGCUUGGGUAUUAAGGCAGCACAUUAUGGAGCCACUGGAGAUGACUAUAAAACGUACAUCAAAAAGAUGAUGAAAGCUCGAUACGAACAAGCAGAUGUAAAGGAUUAGGUUCCAACGCAAUUUUCUGACCACGUAUCGGAAAGAUUACUGUUGCAGCUCUGCAACAUUGUAGUAUUUUAUUCUGUUUUCAGGAAUAUCUGGUUAUAUUUUUAAAAGUUCACAAACUAAAAUUAUGAUUAAAAUAUA